AUGAGCUUUCAGGAUCUGGAGUCGGGUCGGCGACCCAUGUGUAUACACCAAAUUGACCACCGGGAUCCUUCUCGCCCAGUUGCCGCCGGCGUGUUUAAGAUUAACACCGCCGUCUCAGCCUACAAACGCCUUGUCUCCACCAUCGGAACUCCCAAAGACACCCCCGAACUCCGCCGCAAACUGCGUAAAACAAGGUUAGAGAUCGGGCAAACGGUGAACGAGACUUCAGCUGCGCUCGAUCUUCUUAGAGAAACCGACAAGUCUCCUCGAGUUGAUGCAAGAAAGAAAAUCGGUCAUGCGAAGCUUACGAAAGAUUACGAAGCGGUGUUGAAAGAAUUUGAAAAGGCACAGGUGCUUGAAGCAGAGAGGGACACUAAUUUUGCUGCACAUCCUCCUCUUGUUACCAAUAUUACUCUCCAGCCCGGCAGUAAUACAGCUGGCGAGACGGGGAUUAAAAUUUCAUUGAACGGCAACAGUACAUCUCUGUUUAUCGACUCCAACAGAUCACAGGCGGUCAUACAAUUGGAAAACGAGAUAAAUUUGAACGAAGCGAUAAUCGAGGAAAGGGAAGAAGGCAUUAGAGAAGUUCAACAGCAAAUUGACGAGGUCAACGAAAUUUUCAGGGAUUUAGCUCUGCUCGUCAGAGAACAAGGCGCUUUAAUAGACGAUGUAAGUUUGAAUAUCGAGCGCUCCGAUGCUGCCACUACUAAAGCCACGAUGCUGCCACUACUAAAGCCACUUCGCAUCUCAAAGAAGCAUCCAAUAGCCAAAGCUCUUCUUCACCGAUGUUAUAUAAAGGGUCGUGGUCCCCAAAGAAACGAAAUCAUUCCGUCUCUUCUAAAAUCCAUCGUUAGAGAGAUAAUUAAGGAACUGCGGAUUCUUUGGAAGACCUGUCCCAAAUCCGGUGGAGAUUCGAAGAUUCGAUUACAUGAUGUAAGGUACGCUUCCGUGUUUAUGUUUAGGUUUAAUUCUCGUUGA